CGUCGACCGACGGAAAAACCAAAACUGAUAUUUUUAUAAAAGCAAAACAAUUGCAAUCUUGCACAUUAAUCAAAAUGUAAUUAAAUUUUGUGGUGUGGCUUUAUGUAACCGUUAUUUCGUAAGUAAACAACAUUUCGUGCGAUUUAAAUAUAUAGACUAGUGACCUGUGACAAAACCGACGACAUUCAACGUUCCGCAUAAUGUAGUGUAACAUAAUUAUAAAUGCAUAAACUGAUUAUUUUUACUUAUCUCGGUGCAGCGUGAGGGUUUGACGACCGUAACAGUCAAACGAAAUUGUUUUUUCAGUGUACAUAAUAAAACAAUAUAAGCCGAAUAAAUAAAAAUUGAGGGUCGUUCCCAUAAAACUCGAUCCAGUAAUUAAAGGAUAUAUAGUAAGAAAUGUUGUUCAAUGUGUCAGUGAGCAGGUCUACCAUGAUCAAGGUAGGCCUUGCGUUUUGCUGCACUACGGUCCUCAUCUUAAUCGUAUUGGUGGUCACGUUAUCUCUGAAUGAAGUCAAAAGUGAGAGCAUAGUGGACGAUUACGAAAAUUUCAUUACCAGUGAGUCGCAGAAGGCCUUGCAGUAUGAGCUGCCUGUAGACGCGAGCAAGUACCAGGCAGAGAAUACAACAGUAUUAGAUUUUGGAUCCUAUGACUUCAUAAUCGUUGGAGCUGGAUCUGCUGGAGCGGUCAUAGCCAACCGUCUCUCAGAAGUUAGACAUUGGAAGGUAUUACUAAUAGAAGCAGGGGCAUUUCCCAAUGAAUUAUCAGAAAUCCCAGCACUAUACGCCCUAGGCUGUCUCUCAGACUACAACUGGGGAUUCAAAUCUGUACCACAAACAACAGCAUGUUUAGGAACUGUGGACCAAAGAUGCGUAGUACCCAGAGGAAGAGGACUUGGAGGCACUACCUUGAUAAACGGUCUCAUGUAUACCCGUGGACACGCGACAGACUUCAGUAGAUGGGCUGAAGCGGUCAACGACACCAGUUGGUCCUAUGAGAACGUCUUUCCGUAUUUCACAAAAUCAGAACACUUCCAUCCAACCGAUCCAGACGCUACUAUCAACUAUGCGUAUCACGGAACUAGAGGGUAUUGGAAUGUAGAACAUCAUCACCCGUCCAUUCCUCUGAAAUACAUUUUCCUAGACGCAUACGCCGAACUGGGGUACAAUUUCACUGAUUACAAUGGACCAGUAUGCCAGGGUGGUUCUGUGGUGCAAUAUAACACUUUCGCAGGCAAAAGACAUGAUCAAGGAACAGCAUUUAUCAGUCCAGUAAUUCACAGGAGGAACCUCAAUGUGAGCAUUGAGAGUUACGUCACCAAAGUGGAGAUUGACGAAGUUACAAAAGUUGCCACUGGCGUUAUAUUCACUAACCAAGGACAAACCUAUAGAGCAACAGCUAAAAAGGAGGUAAUACUAUCAGCAGGUGUUAUAUCUUCUCCUCAGAUCCUUAUGUUAUCUGGGAUAGGACCUCAGCAACACUUAGAAGACCUAGGGAUUCCUGUGAUCCAAAACUUAUCAGUCGGUACAACACUUAGAGAUCACACCGGCGUCUUUGGUCUACAGUUUUACUCCAAUAUGACAAUACCAAGUUCCACUUUAAGAGAACAAAUCGAAGAUUACUUAAAUGGCACCGGACCCCUAACGUCGAAUACCCGAUCUCAUGUAAUCGGUUGGCACCAAACGAGCUUACAAGACACGCCCAACUCUCCAGACCUGGAACUAGUGAUAGAUCUGUCUGGGGAGAACUCACAAUUAGGCCAAAAGUUUAUGAACUGGAACGAUGAAACUUGGAAUGGAGUAUGGGGCAACCAAGCUUCGUCUUUCUACAUCACUGUAGUGCUCCUCAACGUACAGUCGGUUGGUUCCCUGAGAUUAAACAGUAGCAAUCCUUUCGAGUAUCCUUUGAUAGAUUACAACUUGCUUUCUGAUCCCUACGGCAAGGAUAUAGAAGCUUUGUACGAAGGCAUAAACUUCUGUUUGGAUUUAAUCAACACCACUGCUUUUAGAGAAAUAGGGGCCGAACUUGCAUUCAGAUUUCUUCCAGCAUGUAGGUCUUUCGGAUACCUUACUAGGGAGUAUUGGUACUGCUACUUAAGACACCUGACUGCUCCAGUGUUUCAUUCCGUGGGUACCUGCCCGGCGGGUACUGAUCCACUAGAGGGGGCUGUAGUAGACUCACAUUUAAAAGUAUUUGGAAUAGAAAAUUUGAGAGUGGCCGACUCUAGCGUCUUUCCAUUCACUCUUUCCUCACAUUCAAGUGGCGACUGCACCAUGAUAGGCGAGAAGGUUUCUGACUUAAUUAAAUUGGCCCAUCCAUAGUAUUAGAUACGGUUUUGUAAAUAUAUAAUAGAAGGUUGUCAUAUUUGUGAUAUAUUGUUUAAUAUAAUUUAUGUGUAUGACAGAUAA